AGUUGACACUUCUAGAAUAUUCUUCCGAUUUCCACACUUCCACAGUACUUUGAUUGUUUAGGAUAUUGAGUUCCUAUUCGUUUCAAUUUGGAUUUUUAAUCAUUCAAAGUUACAACGCUUCCUCGUGUACUUCGAUUAGUCCGAUUCAGAAUUAGCAUUAUAUUAAAUAGUAUUUACCAAGCUAUUUAAUACUUAUAGUUUCUUAUUCAUAAUUAAUUUUUAUAUUUUUAAAUCAAAUCAGCUGAAUAAACUACCUUUUAAAUUAUGGCGUUAGAUUUGAAGGAAAAAGGUAAUGCCGCCUUGGCAAUGGGAAAUUAUGAAGAAGCUAUUUUAGAUUACACUCAAGCUAUUGCUUUAGACCCCAACAACCAUGUACUUUAUAGUAAUAGAUCGGCUGCAUAUGCAAAGCAAGGCAAUUACCAAAAUGCGUUGGAAGAUGCUGAAAAGACUCUGUCUAUUAAACCAGAUUGGCCUAAAGGAUAUUCAAGAAAAGGAACAGCUUUAUCAUUUUUGGGUCGUAAAGAUGAUGCUGCCAAAGCAUAUGAAGAAGGUUUAAAGUUUGACCCUAGUAAUCAGCAGUUGCUGGAUGGCUUAAAAGAAGUGAAACAAACUCCUCAAUCUCCUUUUGGAAGUAAUAUGUUUCCAGCAGAAGCUUUCUUAAAACUUGCACAGGAUCCCAGAACUAAAGAUUUGAUUAAUGAUCAACAAUUCAUGAGUCUACUUAUGGAAUGCCAAAGAGACCCUCAAAAGCUAAUUAUGAAUAUGCAAGAUCCUAGAAUAUCAGCUGCAUUAAGUGUGAUGAUGGGUAUUAAUUUAAUGGGAGAUGAUGACAAAAUGGAUACUGAACCGUCACCUCCACCUCCUCCAAAACAAAAAAGAGAACCAACACCACCGCCCCCUGAAAAAUCUGAAGAUGAAAGUUUAACAGAAGAACAAAAAGAGGCUAAAAAAGAAAAAGACUUGGGCAAUGAAGAAUACAAAAAGAAGAAUUUUGAAUCAGCUCUUGCACAUUACAAUAAAGCUAUUGAGUUAGAACCUACAAAUAUGACUUUUUACAACAAUGUUGCUGCUGUUUAUUUUGAACAAAAAGAAUAUAAGAAAUGCAUUGAGCAGUGUGAAAAAGCAGUUGAAGUAGGCAGAGAAAAUAGAGCAGAUUUCAAAUUAAUUGCCAAAGCUUUUUCUAGAAUUGGAAAUGCUUAUAAAAAACUUGAGGACUACAAAAGUGCAAGAACAUAUUUUCAAAAAUCAAUGUCAGAACAUAGAACCCCAGAAGUAAAGACUAUUAUUUCUGAAUUAGAGAAAAAAAUAAAAGAAGAAGAUCGCAAAGCAUAUGUAGACCCAGUAAAAGCUGAAGAAGCUAAAGAAAAAGGAAAUGAAUUUUUCAAUAAAGGUCAAUUUGCUGAUGCUGUCAAAUUUUAUAGUGAAGCAAUUCUGCGUAAUCCUGAUGAACCUAAAUAUUAUAGUAAUCGGGCUGCUUGCUAUACUAAAUUAGCUGCUUUUGAUCUUGGUUUAAAAGACUGUGAAAAAUGUGUUGAAUUGGAUCCUAAAUUUUUAAAAGGAUGGAUAAGAAAAGGUAAAAUUUUACAAGGUAUGCAACAAUCUUCUAAAGCUUUAUCAGCAUAUCAAAAGGCAUUGGAAAUAGAUUCAUCUAAUACUGAAGCCUUAGAAGGUUACCGGUCAUGUUCUAUAGCUGCAAAUUCAGAUCCCGAAGAAAUGCGCAAGCGUGCUAUGGCUGAUCCUGAAGUUCAAGAUAUUAUUAGAGACCCUGCAAUGCGUCUUAUACUUGAACAAAUGCAGAAUGACCCUAAAGCUUUAAGCGACCAUUUGAAGAAUCCAGAAAUUGCUAGUAAGAUCCAAAAAUUAAUUGAGUCUGGAUUAAUCGCCAUUCGUUAAAUUUAAGAAUGUUUGUACAUCUUACACUACUUUAAAUGCUUUUUUAUAAAUUUAUAUUAUAUUUUUGAAUUUUCUUUCCAAUUAUAUAAUAUACAGUUAGGUAUGAUAAUAAUUAAAUUACAACAUGAAAUAUAUGAUAUUUUAGGGUUAUUUAAUACUGUUUAAUAUUUUUCAACUUUUAUAUAAUGUUCUAUAUGACGUGUAACUGUGACUUUAGUUUUGAAUAUUGUUGCAAAGAAUAAGAUAUAGAUUACACAAUCGUGUUAACUAAAAUAAAAAUUAUGAAUGAUUAAGUUAAAAAAUGAGUACUAAACCCAAUUAUUAUAGGUUAUACAACUUAUUGAUAUUUAAAGCUUCUUCGCACACACUAGACUUGAACCAGCUGGACCAUCGAACUGAAAGAAAUCAAAAUACCUAUUUUAUUUUUAUGAGUGUUACACAUUUACCAAACUGAUCGCUCAACCUGUAAUUUGGUUUCAAAUAUUCAAAUUGUUUGAAUUUGUCAGCUAAAAAAAUGUUUCGUUUUAGUUAGAUCUAGCCGGUUUAAGUCUAGAGUAUGUGUGACUUUAUUAUACUAUUAAAAGUAAAUAUGAUAUAAUUACUUUUAAAGUUAGUAAAAAGAUGCUGCGUUUUCAAAUGAAAUUAUAUUUUAUUCACAACUGCUAUUUUUAGAUAUUUAAAAUUUGAUUUAAGUACAAUUAAUAUAACUUAUAGUAUUGAAUUUUUUAAUAAUUUUAUUCCUAAUACAAAUUAAGAAUUUGUAAAGUAAUUAUUUAUUUUAUUAUUAGUUAAUAUGUGAUGGUUAUUACUGAUAAUAUAUCUUAUUUUUUUUUUA